AUGGAUUGGAAAACGCUGCAGGCGCUGCUCAGCGGGGUCAACAAGUACUCCACGGCCUUCGGCCGCAUCUGGCUCUCCGUGGUCUUCGUCUUCCGUGUGCUGGUCUACGUGGUGGCAGCUGAGCGCGUGUGGGGAGAUGAGCAGAAGGACUUUGACUGCAACACGCGGCAGCCGGGCUGCACCAACGUCUGCUACGACCACUUUUUCCCCAUCUCCCAUAUCCGUCUCUGGGCGCUGCAGCUCAUCUUUGUCACUUGCCCUUCCCUACUGGUCAUCAUGCAUGUGGCCUACCGGGAGGACCGCGAGAAGAAGAACCGGGAGAAGAAUGGGGAGAAUUGCCCCAAGCUCUACAGCAACACGGGCAAGAAGCACGGCGGGCUGUGGUGGACCUACCUGCUCAGCCUCUUCUUCAAGCUUAUCAUAGAGAUCCUGUUCCUCUACCUCCUCCACAAGAUGUGGGACAGCUUUGACUUGCCACGGCUGGUCAAGUGCUCCAAUGUUGAGCCCUGCCCCAACACUGUGGACUGCUACAUCGCUCGGCCAACCGAGAAAAGAGUCUUCACCUAUUUCAUGGUCGGAGCUUCCUCCAUCUGCAUCGUCCUCACCGUCUGUGAGAUCUUCUACCUCAUCUUCAAGCGGGUUGUCCAGAGGGCGCGGAAGUGGAAGAAGUCCAUCAAGCGCUCAGUCAGCUACAGCAGGCCCCCCCCCUGCCAGUGCCACCUCAAGACAGAGGAGAAGGAGAACAAGUCCCAGACUAGGUGUGUGGCAGCCCUGCGGGCCUCCGCUCCCAACCUGACUGCAGUCUGA